AUGCUGGUUUUUGAAUGGUUAAUUGUGUUAAGUGUUCUCAAGCAGUCAAGGGCUUCGCCGGUGGCUGAUGAACCAAAAACUACACAUCAAGGUGAUUUACACGAAGAAAAAUCAGAAGCGGAUAGCAUGAGACCUAAGCGUGAACCGUAUCAUGACUAUUUACAUUAUCUAAUCGAUCAACGGGCAAAAUAUGCUGAUCAAAUUCUAAGGCCUGAAACUCUACCAAGACCCUUCGAUAUGUUUGUUCUGCCACAUGAUGUGAGGUCGCCACAAAUGGAUUUUGUAAAUCCUGCCACAAUGCCAAGUGGUGGCUUUGCAAAUUUCGCCUUGUUUCCCUCAAUGUAUCCGCCAAGGAAGCACUACUCUCCCGGAAUGCAAAAUGUGGGUUACAAUUUGAAUGGAAGAAUUCCGUAUAAGCCGGGAUGUAUUGAACGGUCAAUGAAUGUGAAAUACAAGCCACGCCCCAAGGUUCAAGGGAGAAGAUUGGGCUAUAAGAAAUUAAAAACCAAGUCCAAAGGAAUGUCCAUAACGGAAGGGCGUAAGGCUAAUGUGGAAACCAAAAAUCUAAAUAAUUUAUGUGUGAAUCAUGGCAUGAAGAAGGAUUCUCAGAAAACAAAUUCAACGCAGCUGGUUGUGGUCAAUUUUAAUGUAAAUCACUGCCAGUCGGAAAAGGAUGUCAAAUCGUCAGCUAAAAAUCAAACUACCCAUGUCUCGAGUUCUCAAUGUUUACCAUGUUUAGGAAGCGGAAGAACACCUAUUUUAAAUGGGUAUGAAAAGAGCAAAGGAGAAAAAGUACCAGUACAUGAGGAGAUCAAUGGACGAAAGGAAGUAAAUCCUAAAGUGGAAGAUCAUAUGACGGGAUACGAAAGGCUUGAUAAUGAUAAAGGAGAAUAUGGAAAUAUCAAUUAUGCCAAAGAUGGAUAUGAUGGCAAAUAUGAAAAAGAAAAUAAGUAUAAUGAAAGAAACAGAGAUGCUGAUAAGGAAAAAAGUGAAAAUAAUGAUAAGAAGAACGGAUAUGAUAAAUCUGCAAUAAAUGAUAAUCAGAAAAACAAGGAAAAUAAUAAAGAAAAGAAAGAAGAUGAAAAUGAAAAGGGAGGUAGUGGAGCAUCAAUAGAACAAAAUCAUGAUAAAAAGGAGCGAAAUAAAAUAUACAUUAAGGAAAAGAAUGAUCACGAAGAAAGUAAUGAAAAAAGAAAAGAAGAAAUUGAAACAUAUGGGACGGGAAAACAACCAACUGCUAAAAAAGGAGCACAAGAAGCACCCGCUGCAAAUAACAACGUUACAACUUCAAAGGAUAAUGAACAAAGCAAAGGGGAGAUGGGAGAACACUCCAAAAGCAAAGGUCAACAAGAUGGAAGAAAAAUAGGUGAACAAGUCAAACCGCAGAAAGGAUAUACCAAUGGAAAUGAAGAAGUGUGGGAAACACAUGAAGGAAAAGAAACAGAAAAUGAAAAGAAUUUAGAAAAUAAAAGUGGGACUCGAAAGGAAUCUCAAAUAUACAAUGCAAUGAAUGAGACAAUAAAUGAAAAACACAUAGCUGGAAAAUCAAACGAAAAUGAUACUACCGAAGACCAAAAAAUCAAAAAGGAUGAUAAAGGGAGUAAUGGAGAAAAUUCUGAAGGAGUAACACUGCAUAAAGGAGAAAAGGAAAUUGCAGAAAUUGAAAAGAAAACUGAUGAACGGAUUCACAUACAAAAUGAAAAUGGAGAAGAAAGUGAUACCAUCAAAGAACAACAUGGAAGAAAUCAGGAAGCCAAAAAAGAAAAACCAGAUAAUGAAACAUUAAUUGAAAAAGCCAAGGAGGAGGAGCAAAAUGUAGGGCAUACUACUAUCAAAGAAAUAGGAGUGGGAGAUGAAAAAUUAAUUGAUAGUGCUUCUGUAGGCUCUUCCACAAAAGUCACUUCGGGAAAAUCGGAAACAACAUCAAAAGGGAUAUUAUCCACCCAAGAGAAGUCUGAAAAUAAAAUAACUAUAAAUUCCAAGAAAAGCGAAGAACCCAAGGAUAUGGAAGCGAACAAGCUUAUGGGAAAUAUGCAAUCGGAAUCGUUGGUACUGACAAAUGAAGAGAAAAUAAAAAUAAAAAAUAAGGGAAAGGAAGUGGAGGACAUCGAUAAAGAAUUUGAGACUAUGGGCUUAGGCAAAUUAAUUGGAAAUAUUGACAAAUCUGAUUCAAUAGUUUUGUCAGAGGAUAAAGAGCUAAAAACCAAAGAACUAUCAAAUUCCGGUAAUAUUUCCUCAGUGAAAUCUGGAAAUAAAACUACUACUACAUCCAAAGUAAUGGGUACAGGUGAGGCAGAUGGAGUGAAUAAAUUUAUUGGAAAUAUUCAAGAGUCGGAUUCAAUGGUUUUAUCAGAAGAUAAAGAAACCAAUCCAAAUAAAGCGGACAUUUCUGGAAAUAUGUCCACAAAUACAUCCCUGGCUGUGAUGGGUGCAGGAGGAGAUUUUGGAAAUAUUGAAAAAUCAAAGACUGGUAAUAUAACCAUUAUUACCUCUAAGGUAAUGAUAGAUAAUGAUGGAAAAACUGAUGAUACACGUCUGAAUAAAUUUGUAGGAAAUAUUGAACUAAAAGUUUCAGAGGAUAACGAAACAAUGCCCAAAACAGUAUCAUCUGAUAAAUCAAUAGAAAAACAAAAAACCAAGUUUGGAACCGACAACAAAGAGUCCUCUUUAAUCAAAGAAACUUUAUCAGCGGAAGGUUCUCAAGGAGAAAUUCGGCAUUUCCAAAAAUCUGACAUUGAACCGGAUAAAUUUCAUGGUAGUAUUUCCUUUUCAAGUUCUGUGAAAUCUGAAGACGGUAAUAUUAAUGUUGAAAAUUCCACUUCUAAGUUGACCGGGGAUGUCUUAAUAACUUCGAAGGAUGUUACUCAAGGGCAAGUGAAUUUAAAUCAUGAAAAUUCUACCUCAAAGAUCCCGAAUGACACUUUAUUAACACAAAAAGAAGUUAAACAGGGGCCAGAGAUUCUUGAAGAAAAUUUAACCUUAAAUAAAAGUUCAAUUUCCAGUUCACUAGAUCCAGACAUACUUUUGAAAGAGCCGCCUGGAGAGGCUCCAAAAUCUGAAGCUAAUUUCACAAUCUCAUGGUUAACACAGAAAUCAUCGACAGCUAAAGGUAGCAAGGAAUCUCCAUCCCAUUCGUCCGCUACACUAUCGAUUCAUGAAGAUUUCCCCAAGGACACAGUUGAUAUUAUCCAGGUUCCCGUUCAAAAUAAUGGUAAAUUCGAAAUAAUAAAACUUCAAGAAGAUCCCAAGGCAACAAAGCGUGGAUCUGUGAGACAAGAAAUUGAAAAGUUUUUCGUACAGAAACGAAGAGAAAAUAUGGAAGAAAAUAUUCCAGAAAUAAAUCAAGAAAUUCUGUUCACAUUUUCUGACUCAAAUCCAAGAAAUGAUGAGAAGAAAAUAAUCGACACAGAAAAAGAACAAAAUAGUGCCAAGGGAAAGGACAUAAAAAUAACAUCUAGAUUUUUGGAGGAUCCCGAAGAAAAUCGUAUUGGUUCACAAACCGCGUCUGGAAAAUCUGAUCCGCAGACCUCACAAAAAGAAAAUCAGGAUAUGUUUAUUUUCAGCAAAACCAGUAAUGGACAAUCAUCAGACAUUAUAGAAGAUAAUUCUCAGGAAGUGGAUGCCCAGAAAUCAGCAAUGUCUGGUGUUCUUAAUUUUCCAACAGCAGGACAUAUGAACGUCGAGGACUCCGCACUGGAUGUUCAAAAAACGGAAACAUCCUCAAAUGGAAGAAAGGGACUUUUCAUUACACAAUUUUCCGGUACUGGAAAUAAUUUCGCUACAAUAAAGGAUGAUAAUGAUCAGAGCAGUAAAGAUUUAAAAAUCAGUAAGGGAUCAGAUUCUACAGACCAUAAGAAAUUGUCAGAAUCAAAUGUUUUUAUAUUUUCCAACGAUAAAUGGGAAAACAAACCAAAUAAAAAUGAACAAUUCUCAAAUUCUGAUGGAAAUUUACGGAAAUCCUUUGCCCAUAACUUUGACGGUAGUACAGGAUUCUCCAACACUCCGGUAGCACAGGAUUCUCCUAUACUCCAGACUGUUGUAAAUAAUGAGUCUAGCGGAUCAAAGGACUUCACAUUUGCCACCGAGAAAUGGGAUGACAGUCCAAAUAAAGAUGGCAAUUUUCAUCCUGCUAAUGGAAAUUUACAGAAAUUAUUUGCUCAUAAUUUUGAUAAUACUGAUCCGGAUAAUCAGGAUGAUUUUCAGGAAACUGAAGAUGCUGAGGAGAGUUUACAACCUCUCCAAAAAUUGGCUCCAUUCUCCAUGAGAAGUGAAAAGAAAUCUGACAUCAUAUCACCUGGAUCUCAGACUGCAUCUUCAAUAAAUAGAGAAAAUACCGUUUGGGCGCCAAAUACCCAACAAUUCAAGGAAUUAGAGCAUAACGAUGGAUUGAAGCAGAAAGGUUCCCUAUUACAUGGAACUAGAGAUGAAAAUACCAAGGUAUUAAAUUUCGAAUUUGAUAUUGGCAAUGACAAGGAGUUUAGGAAAAAUGUUAAUUCCGAAAAAUUAAAUGAAGGAAGUUCCAUAAGCUCAUCUAGUUCUUCAUCUAAAGUAAUUGUUGAUCAUAAUCAACCCUUAAACGGAUUUAAUCAUCCUUCUUCCCACAGUUCCGCAUCCACUUUCCAUCACUCUAAUAUAGAUAAAGACAACAACGAUUCAAGCUCCCAAGAAGAAGUCAAAUUUCUGUCCUUUUCCAUAAAGAAAUCAACACAAGAACCCAGAGAAUUUUCGACAGAUUGGAAGGAUAUUAUUUCCGAAAAUAAACACUUUAUAUCCUUUCCCACCGAAGCAAAUAUGUUACUACCCUCCGGAGAUGAUGACACAAAUCAAAAACAAUUCAAAGCGGCAAACUCAAAAUCUUCACUUCACUUUGUUUCCAUUUCCACUGAAGCAAAUUGGUUACAUCCCUCAGAAAAAGACAAUAAACUUCCAAAACGAUUUGAUGUUUCGAAAUCAACUUCUACUUCAGAUUCUGCGAAGAAAUUAAGUUGGAUUCUCAAUCCAACAGACAACAAAAACGAUGAGAAUGAUGAUCCUUAUUUUUUCUCAAUCAAUGAGGGUAGACCCACUGCCAGCAUUAUUAUAAAAUCGGAUUCAGAUGACAAGGACACAACAAUAGAAAGUGAAGAUACGAAGCCCAAUGAUAUGGCCGGCACUGGAACAAGUUUUAUCAACUAUUUGCGAAAGCCAAAACGAAAGGGACCAUUUUCUGAACCCAUUCUCUCUGAAAUCUAUCCCCGCAAUAAACGUCGAUAUGAAUCACCACCCAGCAUUUAUUGGCAUACCGUUGAGCCAAAAUCGGAGGCAAUAGAACAGCGCAUACACAAUCUCCGACCUUUUGAUUCCGCGGAUUUUGAACAAUUACCAGAAGAUUUUGUCAGCGUUUCCAAAGAAUGUGAAGAUGAAGAUGCCAUAUAUGAAGAAAAUUCGAAUGGAUAA